CACAACCUUUCUCCUCCUCCGCUGAACAUUUCUCCCCACAGAUUCAAGCUAAAUAAACCAAAGACCAAGACAAAGUUUUGAUCUGUCUGAAAGGAACCACAUCUCAGGUUCUUCACAUUUCGUUUUCAGAUUAGGAUCAACACAUUUGAUAGAUCCAAUUUAUUUUUAGGUGAAGCAUGGACAAGCUGAAGAUAUCUGAAUGGGGAGAGAAGCUGAAGACAGGAGGAGCUCAAAUGAGCAGAAUAGUAAGUGACAAAGUCAAAGACAUCCUCCAAGCUCCCACUUUGGAAUCCAAAAUGGUCGAUGAAGCCACUCUUGAGACUCUUGAGGAUCCCAACUGGGGAAUGAACAUGAGGAUAUGCGCUCAGAUCAACAACAACGAGUUUAACGCCACCGAGAUUGUUAGAGCCAUCAAGAGGAAGAUCUCUGGUAAAAUCCCCGCGAGCCAAAGGCUGAGCCUUGAGCUUCUUGAGGCUUGUGCUAUGAACUGUGAGAAGAAGGUUUUCUCUGAGGUUGCUUCUGAGAGGGUUCUUGAUGAGAUGGCUUUGUUAGUCAAGAACGGCGAAGCUGAUUCGGAGAAUAGAAGGCGAGCUUUUCAGCUUGUUAGAGCUUGGGGACUGUCCCAAGAUCUUGCUUAUCUUCCUGUUUUCCAAGAGACUUAUAUGAGUUUGGAAGGAGAGAAUGGUUUAAACGCACGUAACGAGGACAAUCCAAUGGCGGGACAAGGCUCUUUGGGGUCUCUUAUGCAACGGCCUGUUCCAGUUCCUCCACCUGGUAGCUAUCCUGUUCCUAAUCAAGAACAACCUCGUGGAGACGAUGAUGGUCUUCUUGAUGACUAUAACUUUGGAAGCUUAACUAUCAAGGAUAAGAAGGAACAGAUUGAGAUCACAAGGAACAGCCUCGAGUUGCUUUCUAGCAUGUUGAGUACUGAAGGGAAGCCAAAUCACACGGAGGACGAGCUAACGGUAAGUCUGGUGGAGAAAUGCAAGCAAUCACAGCCGUUGAUUCAGAUGAUCAUAGAGAGCACAACAGAUGAUGAAGGUGUUCUUUUUGAGGCUCUGCACGUGAACGAUGAGCUCCAACGUGUUCUAUCAAUCUACGAGAAACCUGAUGAAAGUGAGGAGAAAGCGUCCAUAGUGGGACAAGAAUCAACGGGGAGCAAAUAUGCUGGUCCGAAACCAACAGAAGAAGAAGAACGGUUUGUGAAACAAAAGGACCACGUCGAACGUUCAGAAUCAUCAGACAAAACAGUCAAAGAAGAUAAGAAGGUGAAGAUAGAACUUGGGUUAUCGAGCGAUGAAGAUGAGAAAUGAGCAAGUCUCUAGAACGUUUUGGGAAGAUUUUGUUAUUUUGAUGAUUUUCUUCUGUAAUGUUAUAAGCAUACAAUGCAUAAAGAGUUGAAGCCA